UAAUCUAAAAAUAUUUGCUCUCGGUGGGCUGCAUGAAGUCGGGAAAAACUGUUAUGUUCUCGAAAAAAAUAAUGACAUAAUUAUUAUUGAUUGCGGGAUUAAGUUCCUUAAUAACAAUAACUUAGCGGACGGAAUUAUCCCUAAUUUUUCUUAUCUGUUAGAGAACCGAGAAAAAAUUAAAGGAUUGUUUAUUACCCAUGGGCAUGAAGACCACAUUGGAGGUAUUCCUAGUUUGUUUCAGUUAAUCCCAAUUAUCCCGAUUUAUGGUUCUGAAUUCUCAAUUUCUCUUUUAAAGGAAAAACUACCGAAGUUAACAAAAGAACAAAAAGAAGCAAUAAAUACUUUUCAGAAUGACAAACCAAUUGUGACCAAAGAAUUUCGGGUCAGUGUUUUUCAGGUGACCCAUUCCAUUCCUGGCUCUUUUGGAAUAAUAGUUGAAGUCUUGGCCGAUAAUACUCGUCUUGUUAUUACUGGUGACUUUAAAUUUGAUUGGACCGAAAUUGGAGAAAAGUUUGAUUUAGUUAAGUUGGUCGAGACAGGAAAAAAAGGGGUCGAUUUGUUACUUAGCGACUCAACUAAUGCUGAGGUAGAAGGAAAUACCCCUUCUGAGACUAAAGUGGUCAAGCGUUUGGAAAAUAUUAUCGCAGAGGCGACCGGAAGAGUAAUUAUUACUUCUUUUGCUUCUAAUGUUUACCGACUUAAAAAGGUAAUUGAAAUUGCUAAAAAAACCGAUGAGUCAGUUUUUUUGGAAGCGAAGGACAUUGCCAAAACUACCAACAAUAAGUUAAUUAUUUUUUGCACUGGUUCCCAAGGCGAAGGAAGGGCUGUUCUUAGUCGUCUAGCUCACCAGGUUUAUGAAGUGGAAAAAGUUAAUAAUAAAUUAUUUGCAUUGGGGGCCAAGAUAUAUGAAAAUAGUAAAGAGGAUUUGCUGCAUGCUUCGGGACAUGCUUGCCAGGAAGAUUUAAAACUAAUGCUUACUUUGGUAAAGCCUCGCUAUUUUAUGCCUUUUCACGGCGAUUUUAGGAUGCUAAAAAAGCAUGGAUUCCUAGCCCAAGAAUUAGGUUUGCCUAAAAAAAAUAUUUUUGUUUGUGAAAAUGGUGAGAUAGUAGAGGCAAAUGGCAAAGAUUUUUUUUUAAGUGCAGCAAGAGUGCCAGCGCAGCCUAAUUAUGUUUUAAAUGGCAAAUUACUUCCAGUCGGAGAAUUAGAUAAUAGUUUACUUUUAAGAGAAAAAAUGUUUCAAGGCGGAGUAGUGCUAAUAGUACUCUUUUAUAGUAAAAAAAGAAAAAAAUUAAGCGAUGCUCCUUAUAUUUUCACUUAUGGGUUUAUUAAUAUGAAAAGAAAUGAGGAAUUGAUUAAUAAUGAAAUUAAAGAAAAACUAAUAGAAGCCAAGGAAAAAUUACAGAGUAAUAACCCUAUUUUUGGUUUAUCAUUAAAAGAAUUAACAGUUACACAUAUUAAUGACUAUGACUACUACAAAUGCGAGCAUUUUCCUACUUUUUUUAUGGAUGGCGAGGUAGAAACUACUGAUCUGACCCCUAGUUUUAAGUAUAGUAAAAGUUUUAAUCCUGAUGAUUACAUUAAGCCAUUAGAUAUCAUUAAAAGAUUUAGGAGAGAAGAAGAUAAAGAAAAGUUAGAACUUCAUACAGGUAUAUAUCUCGGUAAUGGAUGGGUCUGUCAUGUUCGUGGUGAUAAUAUUGUUGAGAUUGAUGAGCCUGAAAAGAUAAUUGAGCACAUAGCCAAGGUAUUUGUAGGCAGAAAAAAAUAUUUUUCUAGAAAAGAGGAUGGGGGUAAAGAUAGUUUUGGAAUAAAUAGAAAUAAUUGCGAGAACUUUGCUAACCGGUGCGUGCUUGGAUUUAAUUCCUCUGAAUAUGUUGAUAGAAAAACCCAAGAUAGAUCAAAAAUUAAUGUCGAGGAACAUAUAAACGAGACUAAUUCUGCUUUGGAUGGAAUGGCAGAGAAUAGUGAUUAUAAUUUAAUAAGCAAAAUUAAUGAAAUAAAUGGAUAUAAAAAUUCGGUUUACCACUUACAAGGAAUAAAGAUGGAAGCAUACGUUGAAUUAGAUGUAGAAGGUAAUAUUCGACCGACAUUAGGAGUAUCAGUUAAUACAAAAGGAGCCGGAGGAGGUUACACUGUUUAUGGUUAUGAAUUCGGCAUAAGUUACAUACAUUUUUUCUUUGAAGAGGCUAAUGUGAGGUACAAACGAGAAAUUACUCGUGCUUUUUUUGAGGAAGUUAAGCAAAAUCCGCAAGAUUGA